AUGCCUCCCACGUCCACCCCGGUUGGGAAGAAGCAGCAAUCGUUGACUUCAUUCUUCACGCCAAAGGCGGCUUCGAGCUCCAAGCCCCCCGCCGCCUCGACCCAGUCCCCGACUCCCAGCAAGCCGCCUCGACGGUCUGCAGCAUCAGCGGCCCCGUCCGAACGCAAGCGAUCCAUUGACGAGCUUGCCGACAAAGAAAAUCAUGACCUAGAACGAGAUGCCAAAAAGGCCAAGACAUCUGCCCUCGCCGACGACGGCAACGGCGAUGCUCCUCUCCCCGUGCAAACGCCGGUUUCUGCGCGCGCGCAGCGCUACUCGUACAGCACGGCACCGACCAGCACAGAUCAGACCGAGGCCGACGACGGCGCCGACGACGAGGCGACAAAGAAGAGGUAUGCGGACCUGCACAAGAAGUUUAUCAAGAAGCUGGGCCAUCCCGAUGCCAUGAACUGGCGAUCACGGAUCAAGCAAGACCACGCAACAGAAGAGAACGAGGAUGGCGACGGCGAAGCAGAGGAGGACGACGUUCCAGCACCCAAGUCGAAAAAGAAGGGCUCGAAAACAGGAAAGCUCACGCCAAUGGAGAUUCAAUUCCUGGACAUCAAGCGCAAACACCUAGACACGAUCCUCAUUGUCGAAGUCGGCUACAAAUUCCGGUUCUUUGGCGAGGAUGCGCGCGUUGCCGCCAAAGAACUCAGCAUUGUCUGCAUUCCGGGCAAAAUGCGCUACGACGAGCACCCGUCCGAAGCCCACCUGGACCGGUUCGCCUCCGCCAGCAUCCCCGUCCACCGACUGCCCGUCCACGCCCGCCGUCUCGUCGCCGCCGGGCACAAGGUUGGUGUCGUCCGCCAGGUCGAGACGGCCGCGCUGAAAAAAGUCGGCGACAACCGCAACGCGCCGUUUACGCGCAAACUCACCAACCUCUACACAAAGGGCACUUAUAUUGACGAGAACGGCGACCUGGAGCAGUCGACACAAGGCGGCAAUACGUCCUCAUCCGGUGGCUAUCUUCUUUGCCUCACAGAAUCCAAGGCCAAGGGCGCGGGCACCGACGAAAAGGUGGACGUGGGUAUCCUCGCCGUGCAGCCAGCCACGGGUGACAUUAUUUACGACACGUUUGAGGACGGCUUCAUGCGCAGCGAGAUUGAGACGAGACUAUUGCACAUUUCACCAUGCGAGUUUGUCAUUGUCGGCGACCUCACCAAGGCCACCGACAAGCUGAUCCAGCAUCUGGCCGGCAGCAGCACCAACGUCUUUGGCGAUCGCAGCCGCGUCGAGCGUGUCCCACGAACGCCAACCAUGGCCGCCGAGGCCGCCUCGCACGUCACCCAAUUCUACGCCGAGAAAAUGAAAGAAGCCACCUCGUCCCAGAACGAGCAGUCCGCGUCUUUGCUAGAAAAAGUCCUCCGGCUGCCGGAAGCAGUCACCAUUUGCCUCUCUGCCAUGAUGACCCAUCUGACCGAGUACGGCCUCGAGCACAUCUUUGACCUGACCAAGUACUUUGAGAGCUUCAGCACGCGCGCGCACAUGCUCGUCAACGGCACCACCCUCGAGUCGCUCGAGGUCUACCGCAACGCGACCGACCACGCCGAGCGCGGCAGCCUGUUCUGGGCCAUUGACAAGACGCUCACACGCUUCGGCCGACGGCUGCUGCGGAAGUGGCUCGGCCGGCCGCUCCUCCACCAGGCAGACCUCGAGGCGCGCCUCGUCGCCGUCAAGGAGCUGCACGACAAGCGGUCCACGGCCGCCGUCGGCGGCCUCGAGCGGCUGCUGGCCAAGACGCGCACCGACCUCGAGCGCUGCCUCGUCCGCAUCUACUACGGCAAGUGCACGCGGCCGGAGCUGCUCGCCGCCCUGCAGGCCCUGCAGCAGGUCGCCAGCCACUAUGCCAGCGUCAAGACGCCCGCCGACGCGGGCUUUGACGCGCCGCUGCUCACCGACGCCGUCCUCGCCCUGCCGCAGAUUCUCGGCCUCGUCGUGUCCCACCUCGAGCGCAUCAACCUCGACGCCGCGCGCAAGGACGACAAGUACGGCUUCUUCCGCGACGAGCACCAGACCGAAGACAUGGAGGACCACCAGAUGGGUAUCGCCCACGUCGAGCACCAGCUCGACCAGCACCGCGCCGCCGCCGCGGAGCAGCUCAAGCACAAGAAGCCCGUCGACUACGUCACCGUCGCCGGCAUCGAGUUCCUCAUCGAGGUCCCCAACAGCGACAUCAAACACGUGCCCGCAUCGUGGGCCAAGAUAUCAGGCACCAAAAAGGUCUCCCGCUUCCACACGCCCGCCGUCGUCCAGCUCGUUGCCGAGCGCGACCAGCACCGCGAGGCCCUCGCCGCCGCCUGCGACGCCGCCUUUCGCGCCCUCCUCGCCUCCGUCGCUGCCGCCUACCAGCCACUGCGCGACGCCGUUUCCGCCCUCGCCACCCUCGACUGCCUGCUCUCCCUCAGCAAGGUCGCCGCCCAGCCGGGCUACACCUGCCCAGAGUUCCUCCCGUCCUCGGCGCCUCCCACCAUCGCCAUCACCGGCGGCCGCCACCCCAUGGCCGAGCAGACCCUCGCCGGCGGCUACAUCCCCUUCUCCACCACCCUCGCGCACCCGACCCCGCGCGCGCACCUCGUCACCGGGCCCAACAUGGGCGGCAAGUCGUCCUUUGUCCGCGCCCUCGCCCUCAUCGUGCUGCUCGCCCAGGUCGGCUCUUUUGUCCCCGCCGACGCCCUGCGCAUGACGCUCUGCGACGCCAUUCACACCCGCACCGGCGCCCGCGACAACCUCUUUGCCAGCGAGUCCACCUUCAUGGUCGAAGUCUCCGAGACGGCCCGCAUCCUCCGCGCCGCCACGCCCCGCAGCCUCGUCAUCCUCGACGAGCUCGGUCGCGGCACCAGCACCCACGACGGCGCCGCCAUUGCCCAGGCCGUCCUGCACCACGUCGUCGCGGAAACGCGCUGCCUCACCCUCUUCAUCACACACUACCAGAACCUGGCGCGCGUCGCCGACGGCCUCGACGGGCUGACUAAUGUGCACAUGAAGUUCAAGGCCGACACAGGCCCAGACGGGGAGGAGGAGAUUACGUUUCUCUACGAGGUCGGUGAAGGCGUUGCGCACCGAUCUUAUGGGCUCAAUGUGGCCCGCCUAGCACAUAUUCCGAAAAAGGUCAUCGACGUUGCGGCGGAACGGUCGAGUGCCAUGGAGAGCGAAAUGCGCACGCGACGCUUCAAAGGCGCUUGUCGCAUGUUGAGUGACGUCAUGGGCGAUAGUCCAGAUCAACUCGACAAUCUAAUUUCCAGCAUAGACCAGUUGUAA